AUGUCUUUGGUUGACGAGUCCGCAAGGUUUACAUAUUCAGGCCAUAAGCCAGUUCCUUCGCCUUGUGGUAAAUAUAUCGCCUAUCUGAACGGCUCAAAGUUGGUAAUAAGAAAAUCAGAUCUGUUGACAUUGGAUAGAUUGAUCAAGAUAAAGACAAAAAAUAGCAAUGGUUUUCUAAGAAUAUCGCAAAUAACAUGGGAACCUUUAUACAAUGGUCAAAGUAACAAGGUUGCAUUGCUGAUAGAUAAUGAAAAUACAGUCAAGAUAUAUGAUAUGAAUGAUGAGAAAGUUGACAUUUCAAUAAUAGAGGAUGAUGUAUUUGGAAUCGAAAAAUUCCAAUGGCUCCCCAAAGGUGAAGAAUCCAUUGAGACUGCAUAUGAUGGAUCAAAGCAAAUAGUGGUAUUCACUAAGAAUGAGCUUUAUGCCAAAAUUUAUUCAUUGGAUUAUUCACAAGUUUUAAUAUCAAUUGAAAAACCAAAAUUCAAUAAAGUCCUGAUCAAGCCAAAUUCAAACAUUUUUUCCAUCAUCACAUCGAAAAUAAAUGGAUAUGUUGUGCGGAACUAUUUGAAUAAUGGCUCUUCCGUGGCGCAUUUCAAUAAUAUUGAUAUUGAUUCUGUCUUGAAUUUGACUGAUUCCAUUAAUUGGUCACCUAAUGGACAAUGGUUAUUAUGCAAUGAUUCGGUUAUCGGUGAGACUAAAGUAUCGGUCUACUCUUUAUUCAAUGAAGUGCUGUCGCAAUCUGAAGCAAUCUUUCGAUAUGAAGAUGUUAGUGAUCCGCUUGGUGCAAUUGAUGUGAAAUGGGGAGAAGGUAAUGAACAUGUUUUAAUUAGUGAUCAUCAUGAACAAAUACAUUGUUUGGAUGUUUAUACAGGAUUGAAUAUUCAGUAUACACUUCAGCAUAAACCACAGACUGAAACUUCAAAGAUUUGGAAGCAAGAUAACAUUAAUUGGAAAUAUGUGAGGAAACAAACUAGUUAUAAAUUCCCACAAAUUGGAAAUUUGCCUCUUCAUCUUAGUGGUGUUACAAAGUUUUUGGUGAAUGGGAACUACACAUUUGUCACCGUUAAAUCAAUGCCCGGUGUGGUUUUCAUUUGGGAUGUUAAUGGAGAAGAUUCAAAUGAACCAAAAGAAGUAUUGGUUACCAACACAAGAAUUAAAGAUAUGAUAGUGGCUAAUGAAAAUAAAGAUCUUUUGCUUGUUGUUAAUGAGGACUCCAUUACCCUUUGGCAUACUGAGUGGUCUUCCCCUAUAGUCAUACCAUGGGAAGAUGAUGAAGGAAGUUCUUUAAAAGGCGCAUGUUUCAUCAAUGCGACAAGGGGAAGUGCCAGAAUAAUGUUGUGGACAAGUAAUUUGUUUGAAGUUGUACAAAUUAAACUUUCAUCAACUUCAGAGUUCGAAGGAAUGGACUCAGAGCAGAUUGAUGUCAUAAGAAAUGGAAGCCCAGCCUUAAUCGAUGACCUAACUCAUGUUGUCGAGUUGGCUAAUGGUGUACAACAAAGUGAAUGGGGUCAUAAUAAUACAAAUACAAUUCAGCUUGAUGAUACAUUUAUGAGCAAGAAGCAACAUAAAUCAAUAAGGAAAUAA